GGGGGGAGAGGAAGGAUCCUGAAGUUGAAAAGAGGGGGGGACAAAUACACACACACACACACACACACACACAACCCACACGCUGGAGCCGCCCUUCCUGGAUGGCGUCUCUUCUGGGCAUGUGUCAUCCUGGGAGGAGAGAUCCACUAAGGAGGAUCACUUCUGAUCUCUCUUGAAAGGGAUCGGUCCCCCUGGGUGGAUCUCAGAUCCGGUCCCCGAUCGAUCCUGCAAGAUCGAGGAGAGAGACUUCCAGCAAAGUCCAAUGCUUCUGCUACGUCUCCUUCCUGUGUCCCUGCAAUGAAAUAUUUUGCUGCCUUAUUGAAACCCUUCAAACUAGGAAUGGAUGAAGGGGGAUCCAGAGAAUGCAAAGAUCCCUUUUGAACUCCAGCUGGAUUCCCUCGGAGUAAACAGGCUCGAUCUGAUCUGCUUCUCCAAAGGAAGAAGAAGGAUUCCUAAGUAUGGAGCUCUCAUGCAUUCUGUCCGUCUUGAUCUUUUCGAUGCUGUACUCUCAGGGUGCCCCUUUCCGGAUCUGUGCCUUCAACACUCAGCGCUUCGCCCAAGGGAAGGUGGAUAAAGCCCACGUCAUGGACACUUUUGUCAAGAUCCUGGCUCGCUGCGAUAUCGCUGUUCUACAAGAGGUGAUGGAUGCAAAAGGAAAGGCAAUUCCAGCUUUGGCAGCUGCCCUGAAUCGGUUUGAGAAUGGUUCUGAUGUCUAUAGCUACAUUACCAGCCCUCUGCUGGGUCGAAGCAAUUACCAAGAACGCUAUGUGUUCAUGUACAGGAACAAGAGAACGCGGGUGCUGGACUCUUAUAAAUAUGAAGAUGAUCAUCUAGAGCGGCCCGAUGUCUUUGCGCGUGAGCCCUUCAUUGUACGCUUCAGCUUGCCAAACAAAGCGCUUCCUGAGCUGGUGUUGAUCCCGCAGCAUACGAUGCCCUCCAAGGCGGAAGCUGAAAUUGAUGCUCUCUAUGAUGUUUUCCUGAAUGUGCAGGCACGCUGGGGCACCGAGGACAUGAUUUUCUUGGGUGAUUUCAAUGCGGAUUGUGGCUAUGUGGCAAAGAAACGUUGGAGCAAUAUCCGCCUAUGUGAAAAGCCUGGGUUUCACUGGCUCAUUGGAGACAAAGCUGACACCACUGUUCGAGAGAACACCCGCUGUGCCUAUGACAGGAUUGUGGUGCAUGGUGAACAGUGCCUUGAUGCAGUUGUACCUGGAUCAGCUCAGCCAUUUGAUUUCCCCAAAGAAUUUGGACUCUCAGAGACAGAGGCUUUGGAGAUCAGCGACCAUUAUCCUGUAGAGGUGGAACUGUAUUCAGCUUGUUGGGGGCUCCAGCCAGCCAGUCCAGUUGGUCUUCUCUUCUUGGCCACUGCCAUGCUGUCUGGGACAGGGUAUGUCAUUUGAAGCUUUUCCAGUUCUCCUGGGAUUCUGGAUGGUGAUGUCUGUCCAGGCUUUGCAUCAGCUGUUGUUAUCUGCAGCCAAGUUAUCUUCAGCUUAUGGUGAUCCUAUGAAUGAGAGAUCUCCAUGAGCCCUGGUCAUGAACGUGCUGGGCUUGCAAAGACUCAGGACAGCUGUGGCUUCUUUGACUCAGCCAAGCCAUCUGGAAUAUGAUCUUCCUCUUUUACUACUGUCUUCUACUUUCCAGACCACUAUUAUCUUGUCAUCUCAGCUGCCCCUCCAUAUUAAUGGAUUCUGCAUCCAUGGACUCAGCCAACCACAGCUUGAAAAUAUUCCAAAUAUUUUGGUUCCUCAAAUCAAUGGUUCCUCAAAUCAUUUUGGUUCCUCAAAUCAAUGCUACCCCAAGUGAUGUCUGUGGACCUGUGUUGGUCCAGGAACCAUCCCCUGCCAGUUCACAGCAAGUUUCCAAGAAACUAUGCAAACAUAAUACAGUAGGCCCUCCGUAUCCACAGAUUCUUUAUCCAUGGAUUCAACCUACGGCUUGAAAAUAUUUAUACGUAUAUAUGAAUUCGAAAAGCAACCUUGAUUUUGCCAUUUUAUAUAAGAGACAC